UCGGAAGCUUCAAAAAAUAAAAAAUUAAACAAUGGAUCAGUCCCGCAUUCUGAGGACUACAAAUGUUGUGCUUUUACUCACUGCCUAUCAGAUGCAUUGGUUUGAGAAGAAGUCGCAGAGGUUCCGAUUCUCCCUACCCGGAGUGGUCUACAUCUUUGUGCUCGGCUGCAUUUACGCUGCGUGCUUUUCCCGACAUUUUGAUCCGUCCUCAUCUCUACUGAACGUUCUGAACGAUGUUUCACCAUUUCUUUUUGGAUUGACCAGGAUGCAACUGUUGCUGGGAGCAAAAGCAUUCGCCUAUGCCGUCUACUCCUCUGCGAAGUCUGUGCGUGCAGUCAACUCCUUGGUGGAAUCACUUGCCUCCAGAGACCGCGGAUUUGGGAAAAAUGAGGCAAUAGCCUACCUUUUACUAGGCUCAACUUUUUGCAUUCUCUUCGGUUUUGUGCUCUACAUUUCAUAUGAAAUGAAGUUCGAGCUGCCUCCGUUGCAAGAUGCGAUGGUCGGAAUGGCCCUAUUUCUUCCUCAUCUAAUUUUAGCUGGAUCUGUGAGAUUAUACGUAGUGUUGGCUUUUUUAAGUCGCGGACAGUUGAAGCAGCUUAAGGAAGAUGUGGAGCAGGAGUUAAGAGCUAAUUUAAACGAAGGCGAACCGAAUAUCGCCUCCACUUCUUUCACUAUUUCCACAAAAAACUCAAGUUUGGAAAAUUUGGAGAGUCUAAAAAGAAAGUUGGAGAUUCUGGGAGCCAGUUUUCGUAACUUUUUCCAGUCAUUGCAGCACUCUUUGAUAUUCUAUUUUGCCCUGAAUGGAAACUGCCUUCUCGGAGGGAUAUAUUCCUUAACCUACUACUGGAAUACCUGGCACGUUAUCUUCGAGCAUCGCAAGCGACGAAUCUUCUACGCGGCAAAUGCAUCCAUAUAUGCCUGUAUUGCCAGUGAUUACAUCUGCCUAAUGUUUGUUCUGUUUAUGAUGGAGAAAGAGCGUAUGGGUUUCAUUAAGUGUCUAAAUAACUUCCUGGCCCAGCGUACUUCUCUGUCGAAGAAAAUAAGACCACUUGCCAAAGACAUAAAGGGGAUUAUUAAAAGAACUUUUGAUCUCAAAUUUUACUCGCUCAUUCGUUUUGAUCUUAGUUACGUCAGCAUGAUAACAUUCGUUCAAUUACUGAUCAUUUCUUUGAUUGUGAUUUGCCAUUACCUGAAUGAUGCAAUUCUUUUGGUGAGAGAAGAGUUAAGCAGCAAAGACGAUGAGUAACUUAAGACAAUAUUCACAUAAUUUGGUUU